AUGGCGCGUUCCUUUUACGGAAAUUCCAAUGUGGUUUCGCUUCAAUAGAUUCCUGAAACUUAAAACGCUCAACACCUGCCAGUUGUCGCCUUUAAAGAAGAUGUAAAGUGCAUGGAUACAUCGGCUGGUUUUUUGGUCGCCAUCGAAGAUCGAAUUUUAAAAUUCUAUAUGGCGAUCUUGCGCGAUGCAUUGGAAUGUACGAGAUGAACUUGAUUACAUGUCAGCUAAGGCUGAUCGCAUGAAGUAUGGAAAGUUUGAAAGCGAUCGCCGAUGAUAAUUCGCAAAAGGAAAAUAAUCCCUUCCUCACAACAUAUAUAAAAGAGAGAAGUCUGCAGAGAGAAGUUCCGUUAUCCAACGUAGACCCGAACUUCGCUACAGAUCAAGAAGCAAAAUCCCAGCAACCUUUAAAGGUGAGGAAUAUGACAACUCAGGCACAGAACCACAGGCCCCAUGAUCAAGCACAACUUGUGGAUAAGUUUAGGAAGCUACGGCAGUGGCAACAACAACAGCAGGAGAGUAUGUUCCGUCAACAGCAACAACAGAUGGAGACGCUUAGGAUGGAACAAAACAAACUCCAAAGCAUCUUAGCUGCCCAAAGAAAACUUCAAGGACAAACUGCUACAAGCACCUCAAUGUAUCCUCCAAACUCAGGAACUGUUUUGAGUCAAUCCCAAUCUGUUGCAGAAAGAUCACUGGCUGUCACAAGUCAACUACAGCAGGGAAGUGUGAGAGUGCAGGCCCCUUUAGAUAGGGGGUCAAGAGUGCAGUUUGAAGAUGGUGGCUUUGAGCCUGUGAGGAAUAACUCAAAUGCCUUUCUGAGAUCCACACCAACAUCUUCAGAACCCUCCCAUGCUAUGGACCAAAUUGCUUUGGAGAUGCAAACAAGACAGCUUGGAUCACAACAAUUUGGUGAAUCUGAACCAAAAUUUUCUGCGAAUGAGAAAGACAGACUUCGAGCCAGUUUGCCUCAUCUGAAUGAGACGGUUUAUCCUGUAAUGUGGAACUCAUCAAAUUACCGUUUCCCCCUUGGAGCUAUUCCACCUGUGGCUGGUAGCAGGAUGACACCCAUUCCAGAACAGCCCACAACUGGAUCAGCAAUGGCAAGUAACCCUGUUACCCACCCUGGGAUGACUGAAAUUCCUCAACAUUUUCAGAGUCCAGUUAUUGGUCAAAGACCAGGUGAUAUGUUUCAGAACAAUCCUGCAACAAAUAGUGGCGACUGUCCAGAACUGAACCUUGAAAGAAUUGACACUGCACAGUAUGGAAGAAAUUCAGCAAUGACACCAGAACUAGAGAGGUUGUGGAGUCAUAAUGCAGGUGUAGAAGGAAUGGCUGAUGCAGAUUCUCAAGAGGAUGAGCGCUCGGAAGCAGACACUUUAAGUGGAGUUUAUCCUCUCUAUGAUUCAGAGCCUGACAUGGGUUUUAAUGAGAUAGAAGAUGAGAAUGAAGAAGAGGCUGUAAAUGUGGAGUCAGAUGUUGAGGAAGAAUUGGAGGAAAGUUAUGAAAGGGAUAGAACUGUUAUAGACUUACUGGCUCAAUCACAGGAUUCUGAGGAAGCGAAUGAACAACAUAUGAAAGAAAACUGUCAGACUGAAGUUGGAGAUGAGAUACCAAUUAAACCAGGCAUAGGAGGAUCAUCUCGGGCUAAGACAUUUGAAGAACUUUUAGAAGAGCAACUCAAACUUGAUGCAGAGGCUUCUGAACGAGCAACAAAAGCUCAAAGCACAACUCAUAAACCCCAAAGAACAUUUCUGAGAAAAGGGCAAGGACUUGCCCGAUUUAAAGGAAAGUCAGCUUCAGCUAAGGUUGUGAUGAAAACCAAAGAACCUGCUGUUCAUCUGACAACAUUACAACAGAAAAAAGGAAAGAAGACUGGGAAUCCUGUGACAGCUUCAUCUCAAGUGGCUAACAAAUCAGGUGGAGUGAGUGGAGGUCCUGUGGCACAGAGCAAGGUGACUCGCAAGGUGGCUUCAAGAAGCCCCCAGGUGAUGACAGAAGCAUCUGGCUCAACCACAUCUGUGAAGCCACAGCAGAUCAGGGGGUCCAAACCAUUAAAAACCCAAGCACCUUCCUCAGAUGGACAACCUGCUUCUCUAACUGUUACCAGACCUGCUGUGAUGCCCACAAGUGUCGCGUCCAAUGGACCAGAGGAGAGGGAUCCACAUUCUGUGUGUAACAGUAUUGAUGCCUCUUUCCAAAUGAGGCUAAAAGAAUUAGAAGAAAAACAAGAGUUGGAAGAAGAAGAACUUGAAGAAUUUGAGCUCCUUGAACAAGCGGCGGCAAAUGCUUCCUUUUCAUCCAACUCCUCAGUGGUCGUUAAAGUGUUGGCCAAAGCCAGAGGAGGAAGUGCACUGAUCAGUAAAAAUAACGCAAAGGAAGGAACUGUUAACAAGCCCGAAAACAAAGGUGCAGGUGGAAUUCUGAGCCCUGUUGACACAGGCUAUGGUAGUGGAGAUUGUAAAGUGACUCUGUCAGAUGAUGGGCCCGAACAACCACCCGUGGGUAGUCAAGUGAGAGAGCUUCGUGAUAAUGAGAGUGUAGAUGGAGAUAGUGAUGUGACUCUACAGGAGAUCAGUUUAGACAGUGCCUUGGAACUUGAUUGCGGUCAAAACGAAAGGAUAAAAGCAGCUGGAGACCAACGGAGGGUCCUUGCCCCUGUUUACGUUAAUCCUCCCUCGACUGAAAGUGACGACGAGUUUAAUGACGCGGACACGUGGGCUGCAAUAAAGAAACAGGCAGGUACAAACAUUGAGAAGAUGGAGAAGAAAGUUGAAGUCGACUCCGGCGACGAUGACGAUGAUGAUGCAGAUGACAGUGAUGUGACAAUCAGUGACAUCUUCCCACUGGUAACAUCCACUCCGCCUGUACCUCGAAAGGUGGGCCAGCCUCAAAAUAGCAAAGGAACAGAAGUAAUGGAUGAUGAGGUGCUGGCUGCGUCGACUCCACCAACAUCAGCGCUUGUUACUAAGCUGUUUCCACAGUUGAAGCCAAAGCAGAAAGCUGCUCAGGCUGUCAGCAAACAAGCCACAACUGAUGCUUCUAAGAACCCGUCUGACAAAGGUAACACGGAAGAGCACAUAGACACGGUUCAGAGUAUUGCAGUCAGGGAGAAGCUCAAGGAAUUGGAAACCGAGAUUGAUAAGUUCAGAACUGAAAACGCAGCUCUGGCCAAAAUUAGAAGAGAACGAGAAGAGGGCUUGAAAAAAUUGCAAAAGGAAAUAGCUGCGUUCGAGAAACAGAAGACAGAAGAACUUGAGCGAUUAGAGCAGUUUAGGGAGGAGGAGAUGCGUAAGCUACGCCGUGAAAGACGAGUGUUUGAAAAGUAUCAGAAAGCUGCCCGUUCAAUGCCGGACAAGAAAGAACGCGAAGAGAUCGAGAGUUUACGAGAACAGGUAACGGAGUUGCAAGAAGAACUUAAGCGACGCGAAUCACGCUGGUCAGCGGCUUCUACGCGUUCCCGCCAAAAGAUCGAGGCCUUGGAAGAACAGAACAAAGAACUAGAAGAAGAGGUGAAACUGUUAGAACACUAUCGACUGCAACAGUGGAGAGAGGACGAACAAGCUAAGGCAAAAGAAGAAGAACAGUCAAGACCGAAGAAACCUUUGUUGCGUAAAACUGCCAAGACGAUGGAAGAAGAAAUUCUCUCCGAGAAAAGUUCUGUAGAACUCAAGUCUCUUUCUCACAACACCACAGGGCUCGCAUCCAAACUUCUUGAGCUGAAGUCCAGCAAUCUAAGACCACUAUUUCUUUAG